AUGAUCGACCCUAAGUUGGAUCCACCGGACCUCCAACUCGGCAGUCUAUACAUCCUCCUCUUCACGCGAAACGACCCACCAGAAGCAAACGACUUCCACUGGGGCUUUUACCUCCACCAAAACCCCAUCACCGGAGGUACAAAGUACCACAUCAAGACCGUCGGACCCGGGUGGAUCCCCGAACAUGGAGCCAACGCCGCCAUCAUGAAGGAGUUUUUGCUCGUGGGUCUUUUUCGCAUCGCCGAUGUGCCAGCCCACUGGCACCCCCACUUAGAUCGAACUUUUCGCUCCCUGGAUGCUAGACUCAAUCACCCGACUCAGACUUGUCGAGUCUGGGUCCUGGAUGUUCUCGCCCUGCUUCAGAAACAGAAACAGGUUGAUGGUGGUGACCGGAUCUUCAAGUGCGAUGAUAUCCCGGCUCUUCAGCAGGAGAUCUUCGAUUGGGGUAACCUGCACGCCAUGAGUGCUGCGAGGAACGAGCAGCCCAGACCAAUUGGUGCUUCCACUUUGUGUGGUCUGUCACAUCGCGCUAUGGGCGCUACUUAG